AUGACUCCCACAAAGAAAGGUAGCAUGAAGAAGGCGCAUUUGGCCACUAACAAGGUGGUGACCCAAGAAUACACCAUCAACAUUCAUAAGCACAUCCACAGAGUGGGCUUUAAGAAAUAUGCUCCUUGGGCACUCAAAGAAAUCUGGAAAUUUGCCAUGAAGGAGAUGGGGAGUCCAGAUGUGUGCAUCUCAAUAAAGCUGUCUAGGAAUAAGAAAUGUUUCAUCUCGCAUCUGAAUAUGUUUUCCAGAAAACAUAAUGAAGAUGAGGUUUCACCAAACAAGCUCUACACAUUGGUAACUUAUGUGCCUGUUACCACAUCCAAGAAUCUAUAG